GACAAACUCGAAUUCCUGGAGAAUGUAAGUCACAAACUCUUUCUCCUUCGACUUGGAGGACCAGGAGGAUUUGGAUUUCACCAUGCGGCUACAUCUGUACUCGCGGUUUCUAUUACGGCAAGGCAGUGUCUAUAGCGGGCUCAACUUUCCGAGACAGUUCCCCUCAGCCAGGACUUUCCACGCAACAGCCAGGGCACAGGUCAUAAAGCCCUUUCUCUUGGCAGAUAUUGGAGAAGGAAUCCGAGAAUGCGAAAUCAUUCAAUGGUUCGUAGAACCCGGAGCCAGGGUCGAGGAAUGGGACAAGUUAUGUGAGGUACAAAGCGACAAAGCGUCCGUGGAGAUCACGAGUAAAUUCGACGGCGUCAUCAAGAAACUUUACUACGAGGCCGGUGAAAUGGCCAAAGUGGGAAAAGCUCUCGUGGAUAUAGACAUCCAAGGCGAGAUUAAGGAGGAGGAUCUGGCGGCUCUGACCGAACCAGGAACUGGGGGGAUAUCGCAAAUCCAAGCCCAAGACCAGGCAAAAAAACCACUGGAAGCUCAAUUCACCGAAAGUAUACAACCUCCAGAGGCUUCCUCGGCUCCGGAGAAGGUAUCACCGCCGAAGGGAAAGCAUGCUACAUUGGCCACCCCAGCUGUCAGGCACCUCACGAAACAGUUAGAUGUCCGAAUAGAAGAUGUCAAUGGAACAGGGAGGGAUGGCCGAGUCCUGAAAGACGAUGUCUAUCAGUUUGCAAAGCAGAGGGAUACCGCUCCGGCACAACUCCAAUCCUCCCCAAGCGCACCCAGAGGCCCUCAAACAGAGACGCCUACCAAACUCUCAAACACCCAGUAUCAGAUGUUCAAGACCAUGACCAACUCUCUGGUAAUUCCUCAUUUCCUGUAUGCAGACGAGAUCGAUUUCUCCAACCUCUCGGAAUUGCGUGCAAGACUGAACAAGGGCUUGGCGAAGUCUCCGAUCAAUGAGAUCAGAAAGAUAUCUUUCUUACCAUUCGUCAUCAAGGCUAUGUCCAUGGCAAUUCAGCGGUAUCCAAUCCUGAACGCCAGGGUCGAUACCGACCCAGAAUCUGGGAAGCCAAUCCUUAUCAUGAGGAGUCAACACAAUAUUGGUAUCGCUAUCGAUACACCGUCCGGACUCAUGGUCCCUGUGAUCAAAGAUGUAUCGAAUCUCGACAUUGCAUCGAUUGCAGCCGAGCUCAACCGACUCCAGGCACUCGCUACUACGGGCAAACUUUCGAGCAAAGACUUGAGUGGUGGUACCAUUACUGUUUCCAAUAUCGGCAACAUUGGAGGCACGUAUGUCUCACCGGUCAUUGUCGAGAAGGAGGUUGCCAUAUUGGGGAUGGGAAAGAUGAGAACCAUCCCAGCCUUUGACGAGAAUGGCGCGGUGGUGAAGAAGCAAAUCUGCAACUUCAGUUGGAGUGCUGACCACCGCGUGAUCGACGGUGCGACCAUGGCCCGGGCGGCCGAAGUGGUGAGGAGUUUUGUGGAGGAUCCGGAUAGCAUGGUGAUGCAUCUGCGUUAG